AUGGCCGCAGAACAAGUUCCGCCAGAUGGUUUACAAACAAUUAAGGAACAGGCUGAUUUUGAUUAUUGGUUGAAACAAAUGAAUGGUGAUGUUCAAUUUAUGCAUUUUGUGGUUGAAACGUACAAGAAACAACAAUUAAACGAACAACUAAAUGAACAAAGAAAUAAAAAGAUGACCCAUCGUUCACGUUCUUCAUCUAUUCCAUCUCCUGGUCCACUUCAACAAUCAGCACGACAUCCGUCGCGAUUAACUGACAAGCCAAUUACAUCAUCGUCCACUCAACAUCAAUAUCAGCUGAUCAAUAAUCAAAUGACAAAAACACAUACUGAUAUUACAAUUGUUCCACCAUCAUUAACAGUAUGUAAUCAAACAUCAUCAACACCACGACGUCCAUUAGAUGAAAGUAACUCUUCUGAAUUUCAAUUACAAAGUCGAACAAAAACAUCUCAUCCAUAUGAACUAACACCAACAAAUUUUUAUGCUAAGGAUAAAAUAACAUCAUCAUCAUUAACAACUGAUCGUCAAUUUUGUUUUUCUUCAACUCAAUUAAAACAUGCAACAUCUACUAAUUUACCAUGUUUUUAUAUACAUUUUAGUCUUGAUGAUAAUCUAGCUCAACAACAAAAUUUACUAUCUGCUAUGAAAGUGGCUUCACGGAUUCGUCAUUUGAUACAACAACAAUCAGCUCAAUCACUUGGUGAUUUUUCUCUUUUGGUCCCGGCAGGUAAAAAUCGUUAUAAAGUUGGUGUUACAACAAAAAAGGACUUUUUGUUGCUUUGGAAUUGUAAGUGGCCAACAGACAUGAACAAAAUUGAUAUUGAAAUAGAAAGACCUCGAGCUUUGCCUGAUUCCUGUGCAGUAGUUAUACUUUAUGUACCAGCUGAUUUACCAAGAGAAUUCGUUACUCAGGAAAUAUCAAGAUCAAUUAAAUCAGCUAUACAAUUUUCAAAAAUUAAUUAUCAUCAGGUAUUAAGUAUUGGUCGUUUAGCUAUUGGUCAUGUAAUUUUACCUAUAACUGCAUUUAUACCUGGUCUUAAAAUGACUUAUUGUAAUAAUUGUUGGGAGUUAGGUCAUACUCGAUAUCAAUGUAAAGUAGGUCCAUGCUGUCGAAAAUGUUUAGAUUUAUGGAAUCUUAAUCAUACAUGUCAAAAGUCAGUAUUAUGUGCUCAAUGUCAAGGUCCUCAUGCUUCUCUAAGUAUGGAGUGCCCAGUAGUUUUAAAUUAUCGUCGUAUUUUAAAAGAAGAAGUAAAUAAUGCAGUUAAGGAUGGGCGGUUAAAUCAGGUCAAGGUGGAUAAUAAAGGUGGUACAUGUGAUAGUGGUGAAUUAGAUUAUCCAGCACUUAAACCUAAACAAACAAAUAAACCACGUUUAGCGUGGGUAGGUGUAGAAGCCGCAUCAAGUAAUUUACAACAUUUUCAAGGAACAGAUCAUUUAGGUGAACUUGUUACACAAAUGAAAAUGGUCUUAGAAAGUACACGUAAAAUGGAAUUAAAACUUGAUAACCAGGUUAUGCAAAUGGAUUUAUUAGAAAAAAAAUCCUUUAUAAAUAAACAAGCUAUUUUUAUUGUUCAACAAAUUGAAGAAUUUAAAGAUGAUCUUAUAGCAAAAUUUAAUUCACUUUCCGUUGAUAUUGAUCAUCAACAACAACAAGUUGAAUUAACAUCAGAAAUACCACCUUCAAUUCCUCUUAAUAGAACGACAAAUCAAAUAGCAAUAACAUCGAUUAACAAAGGUAAAAACGUUCUGGUGGACGAUGAACAGUUUAUGGAAAUAACUGAUGUUUAG